CCGAACUUUGACAACUAGCGAUCCAGUCCGUCAAGUUAGACGUGUGCGUGCACCUCGAAAACCCCAAAAACUCUGGAAAAACCUAACUCCAAGUGGUGUUACGAUGUCUCGUUUCUUCGCCGGUGGCUCGGACUCCGAUUCCGAUAGCUCCUCCGAUAGUGAGCCAGUGAUUCGUCAGCAAGUGGCACAGUUCACGUUCAGCGAUGAGGAGGAAGACGUCAAGCGCGUUGUUCGAUCGAAGAAGGAAAAGCGCUAUGAGGAUCUAACUAACAUCAUCAAAAGUAUCCGCAAUCACAAGAAGAUCAAGGAUAUGUCGAGUGUGCUGACCAGCUUUGAGGAGUUCAUGCGCGCUUACACCAAGGCAUUGCCGGUUGUUAUGAAGGAGGAGAAUGGUGUGACACCGCGCAUUGUUGUGAGGGCGCUUGCCGAAUUGGAGGACUUUGUCAAUGAGAGCUGGGACGAUAAGGAUAGCCGCAAGAACCUGUCCAAAAACAAUAACAAAGCGUUGGGCACCUUGCGACAGAAGUUCCGCAAGUACAUCAAAGAUUUCGAGUCCGAUAUGAAGCGUUUCCGUGCCGCGCCGGAAGAAUUUGCCGAAGAGGAGGAGGAAGAUGAGCGCGAAGACGAGAAGGGUUCGGACGAUGAGCAAGAGAAAGCGGUUGCGCAGAUGGAUGUGCCGAAAGUGGUAUCCUUCAAGAAGGAACCGGAAAAGGUGAAACCCGUCAAACCGGCCGAUGAUUCGGAUUCGUCCGACUGGGGCAGUGAUUCCGACUCGGACAGCACUUCUUCGGACGAGGACGCUAAGUACACGAGCAUUCGUGAUCGGUUCUUGAAGAAACCCGAAAAGGGCACGGACGAGCUUUCGGCCGCUCCUUCCGGCGCCUUGGGCGAUGAUGCGUUCAAGAAGGAAAAGAAGAAAAAGACUUCCGAAGCGUUUAGUAAGAAGAAGAAGCCUAAACAAGAUGAAAUGUUCGACGAGAAUGAGGAGGAGGAGGAAGGAUGGAAGGUGGUGAACGGAACACGAUCCGGCGCCUCGGAACAACCGAAAAUGUUCGCAAAGGAUGCCGAAAUCGAUACUAAGCUGGUCGUGAACAAGUUGAACGAGGUGAUGGCCGCUCGUGGUAAAAAGCGAACUGAUCGAAAGUUGCAAAUUGAAUUCCUUCGAGAGUUGCGCACCAUCUCUGAAACGAAUAACCUUGGGCCGGCAGUAGUGGCCAAGAUUCGGUUCAACAUCGUUUCGGCAAUAUUCGACUACAAUCCAAAGGUAUCAGGUGCGAUGAAGCUUGAGCACUGGAGCAAGCUGUUGGAGGAAAUUCAGGAACUGCUGAAACUGCUCUUAGAGAACGAAGAUGUGCAUCUGUCCGAGUCGAUAUUGGAUGAGUAUGAGGAAUACGAUACGGCUCCGUUUAAGAUUCGCGGCUGCAUGCUGACGGCAGUUGAACGUUUGGACGAUGAGUUCGUAAAGCUGUUGAAGGAGUGCGAUCCGCACAGUAACGAGUAUGUUGACCGUUUGAAGGACGAGGUUCCGGUUACGGCCAUUAUCGACCAGGUGGUAACUUAUGUAGAGCGGCUGGGAAAUGAGAUGGAAAUCUGUCGCAUCUAUCUGCGCAAGAUCGACCAUCUGUACUACAAGUUUGAUCCGAACGUAUUGAAGAAGCGAAAGGGACAGUUGCCUGCGAAUACCGUUACUUCCGUAGAAGAAAUGGAUAAACUUUGCCGUUACGUUUACGCCAAGGAUCAGACUGAUCGGCUGCGUACGCGGGCUAUCCUGUCUCACAUUUUCCAUCACGCAUUGCACGACAACUGGUUCCAGGCACGUGAUCUGGUGCUGAUGUCACACCUGCAAGAAACGAUUCAUCAUUCCGAUCCUUCAACGCAGAUCCUCUAUAACCGCAUGAUGGCCAAUCUGGGCUUGUGUGCCUUCCGCCAUGGUAACAUUAAGGAUGCCCAUCUUUGUCUGGUCGAUUUGAUGAUGACGGGUAAGCCGAAGGAAUUGCUCGCCCAAGGUCUAGUGCCACAGCGUCAGCACGAACGUUCGCUGGAGCAAGAAAAGAUCGAGAAACAGCGCCAGAUGCCGUUCCACAUGCACAUCAAUCUGGAGCUACUUGAAUGCGUUUACCUUGUGUCGGCAAUGUUGCUCGAGAUUCCGUACAUGGCUGCACACGAGUUCGAUGCGCGUCGCCGUAUGAUUAGCAAAACCUUCUACCAACAGCUCAGAUCGUCCGAACGGCAAUCUUUGGUCGGGCCACCGGAAUCGAUGCGAGAGCAUGUGGUUGCUGCUGCGAAAGCUAUGCGGCACGGUGACUGGAACGCCUGUGCCACCUUUAUCGUGAACAAAAAGAUGAACGUCAAAGUGUGGGAUCUGUUUUACGAAGCAAACCGUGUGCGGGAAAUGAUGAUCAAAUUCAUCAAGGAAGAAUCAUUGCGCACCUACCUCUUUACCUACUCGAACGUUUUCGCAUCGAUCAGCGUACCGCACCUGGCUGACAUGUUUAAGCUACCGAAAAGCAAGGUCCAUUCGCUGAUUAGCAAGAUGAUCAUUAACGAGGAGCUGAUGGCAUCAUUGGACGAUCCAACAGAAACAAUUGUGAUGCAUCGUUCGGAACCAUCGCGUCUGCAGGCGCUGUCGAUGCAGCUGGCCGACAAAGUAACCAAUCUGGUAGACGCCAACGAGCGUAUUUUUGAGAUGAAGCAAGGCAACUUCUUCCAGCGUGGCGGAAACCAGGGAUACAAUCGCGAUCGUCAGAAUUACCGCAACCAGAACCAAAAUCAAAACUGGAACAACAAUCGCCGGCAGGAUAACCGGAAUCGGGGCAACCGCGGUAAUCAGAAUCGUGGCGAGGGACGAGAACAGCGUGAACACCACCGUGAUCGUGAUCACCACCGAGACCAGCGUGAACAUCGUGAGCACCAACGAGAAUUUAGAGAACAGCGCGAACAAAUGCGCAACGUCGAUUAUCAGAACAAGGCUGAGUAAUCGUUUUGCUCGUUCCGU